CCGAACGACCUUGGCUUUUACCAUCAUCUCUCGAGGCCCAUGGGCCUUCAACUUCCCCCACAUGUGGUCAGAUUACUGGUAGUGCUGUUUUUCAUCGCAGCCGUUUUGGCCCAAGAUGACGAUGGAACCAUCGACAACCCAGACACAUUUCUGAACGCCACAUUGGCGGCUGCAUACGACCAGGACCCAUAUCUGAAAUACCGACCGGCGUUUGCUCGCUCUCUCCCGGUUCAAAUCCUCCUCACCGGCGUCGUUUUGACCCUUGUUGCCGUUCUCCUCAUCCAUCUCAUCUUCACCGCCCAAUACCACUGGCCGCUUGCCCCAGUGAACUAUGUCCUUCAACUCUCGGGGGUCAGCACGCUGCUCAUCUCGCUCGUGGCCACGCUACAUGUCGUGCUGUCGGCGACGAUGAACGAGAGUCAACAUUGGCCCUAUAUGCUUAGUUAUAUUGCCGUCAACGUCCCUCCCUCAGAUUCAGAUACGGAAAGGAACGGGUGGAGCUUAGCGGAGAAGGCGACGUGGUUUGUUAUGAAUGCAUCGACUUCUGGGCUCAUCCAGAUUACACACAUUCAAUUCCUCACCCUACUCUACCCAUCGCGGAUAGAAGGGCGGUUAAUAUUUGCUCUCUUGGGCCCGCUCGCCAUUGUUGCUGCUAUUAUGCAGCUUAUACCGAUCGGAAACGACUCUAAAAACCUCACUUCCUAUGCUUCCGCUGUCCGAAACGUCUGCAAUGCGACUCUUUCGCUUCUUUUCACUGCAGCACUCUUCAUCUGGGGGUUGUGUAUCAAACGAAAGGACGCCUGGAGAACGGAUGGUGGAACAGCCGCAUUUGGAUGUGGGGCGCUUGCGCUAGCACUUGUCAGCACUGCGUUGAACUUCUUAUACGUUCCACGUGAGGAGGAGUACAUGUGGCUUCCGGGCCUCAUGUGGGCAGUGGUGCUUUGGCAGAGUUUCUUGGGCUGGUGGUGGUGGGUUGGCGCUGGAUCGGAGCUGUUUUUGGACGAGGAAGAGCUUGCUCGAAUAGCGCGAAGAGCAGAGAAACGGGCGGCGCGUAAACAGGAGGCGCGUCAGCGAAGAUUGGAGACGAAAGCUCGGGCUAAAGUGGUGUUGCGAGGUGUUGCAGGCGCAUUUGGCGGUGGUAUGAGAAAUCGACGGCCGAGCGAUCCAGAUUCGAAUUCUCCUCCACCAUCGCCAACGCACCCACCGUCAACAUCAUCUUCAACGAUCUCAUCGACAACCUCAGUCUCGCCACUUCCCGCGUACUUUCCGAGUAUCAUGCAUCAAUGGUAUACGUCUCUACGGCGUGCCCACGUUGAUGCCGCUCGACAACAGGCUGUGGAACGCGUUGAGCGAAUACGAGAACUGAAAGGGACAGAUGGUCCAAGGAGUGGCUGGAGAUUGGGAAGCUUUGCAUGGCGGACGGACAGGAGGCUACCACCAGAUCGUCGAAAUAUGGAUGAUUUCGACGACGAUGAUGUCAGCGAAGAGAUAAGACAGCCACCUCAACCUCGAGGGGCUGGACGACCGCGUAGUGUUUGGCUUUGGGGACCUCUGGGGCAGUGGAGACUGCAAGACUCGACAGUGUAUUAA